ACAUGACAUUAGUCACGUGAUCCCACAAACUUCAUCACUAUCAAAGAAUCGAAUCUUUUCCCCCUUUAACUUUCCAUUCCUCCACUCGGCGGCCCACCACUUCUCUUCUUCCGUUGGCCGCCCGACCCGAAAUCUCUCUCAAACUAAAUCCCUACGCCAAAAAAUCAAAUCCACUUAAACCCUUCACUUUUCAACGAUUAUGUAAAAUCAGUCCAAAUAUUAUUAUUUUUGCCUUCAGAUUUCACUAAUCCAAAUGGAUUUCGUGGAAUUGGAGGCAAUUGAAGGUCUACGUUGGUCAUGGAACUCAUGGCCAUUAACAAAAUCUCAAAAUUCAUCAUUAAUAAUUCCAUUAUCAAUUAUGUGUACACCAUUAAUGCAUUUUAAUGAACUUCCAAUAUUACCAUAUGAUCCACUUAUUUGUUCUCAAUGUAAUGCUGUUUUAAACCCUUAUGCUCGUGUUGAUUAUCAAUCAAGAAUUUGGGUUUGCCCGUUUUGUGGUCGGAAAAACCCGUUUCCUAAAUCGGGUCAUGGAAUUAAUGAGAAUAAUAUACCUGCUGAGCUUUUUCCUACUUAUAGUACUGUUGAGUAUCAUUUGGGGAAAAAGGGUUUAGCUCAAAACCCUAAUUUGAGUUCUAAUUUUGGGAAUUCGUCGUUUUCGGAUCAUUUGGGGAAAAAGGGUUUAGCUCAAGAUUCGAAUUCGAGGUCUAAUUUUGGAAGUUCGUCGUUUUCGGGCUUGGAUUUGGGGAAAAAGGGUUUAGCUCAAAACCCUAAUUUUGGAAAUUCGUCGUUUUCGGAUCAUUUGGGGAAAAAGGGUUUAGCUCAAAAUUCGAAUUCGAGCUCUAAUUUUGGAAAUUCGUUGUUGUUAUCGAAAAUUCCAUCGUUUUCGUGCUCGAGUUCAGGCUUGGAUUUGGGGGAAAAGGGUUUAGCUCAAAAUCCGAAUUCGAGCUCUAAUUUAGGAAAUGUGUCAUUUUCGGGCUCUUUGUCCGGUUUAUCGGGUCAGGGGCUUGGCCCGACGUACAGUACUGUUGAGGAUCAUUUGGGGAAAAAGGGUUUAGCUCAAAAUUCAAAUUCGAGCUCUAGUUUUGGAAAUGUGUCGUUGUUAUCGGGCUCUUCUUCGGGCUUCGAUCUUGGCCCAGCGUUUGUGUUUGUUGUGGAUGGUUGUACAUCGGAUGAGGAGCUUAGGGUAGUGAAAAAUGAGCUACUUCAUGUGAUUGCUCAAUUGCCUGAAAGUGCAUUGGUUGGGUUGGUGGUCUUUGAUUCAAUGGUUAGCGUUUAUGAUCUUGGUUUUGGAGAGUGUUGUAGAGUUGUGGUGUUCCAUGGUGAGCGUGAGCUUUCUUCUGAGCAGACCAAGCAACUCCUGGGUAUUCAUCGUAUGAAGUACCAAGCAGGAAUGGUACAUAUGGCUCCAAAACAGGGAUUCCUGAUACCGCUAUCAGAAGGGGAGUUCAGCAUCACAUCAGCAAUUGAAGAUAUCCAUUCUUCACCGCAGGUUAUGCCAGGGCAUAGACCUUUACGGGCUACAGGAGUAGCAGUAUCGGUUGCUGUUGGACUACUAGAAGGAUGUUUGGUCUCUGCAGGUUCACGUAUCAUGAUCUUCACCUCAGGGCCAGCAACAAUUGGCCCCGGGAUGAUCGUAAGCUCUGAUUUUGGCAAUGCCAUUAGGAAUCAACGAGACAUUGGUAAUGGUUAUGCACCUUACUACAAGAAGUCCAUUGAAUUCUAUAAGAAGAUAUCAAGAAGAUUGUCCAAUUCGUCCAUCGCUCUUGAUCUCUUUGCUUGUUCAUUGGAUCAAGUUGGAGCAGCUGAGCUUAGAGUUCCAGUCGAAAGUUCAGGGGGGUUCAUGAUGUUAACAGAGUCGUUUGACUCGGACCAGUUCAGAAAGUGUUUACGUCACAUAUUUAGCCAUGACGAGGUUGGCAAUUUGAAAAUGUGCCUUGAUGCAACUAUCGAGAUAAUAACUACGAAGGAUGUUAAAAUUUGUGGGGCCCUUGGUUCAUGUGUGUCUCUCCAGAAGAAGAACGGUUCAGUCAGUGACAAGGAAAUCGGCGAGGGAGGUACCUAUAUGUGGAAAUUAGGAGCACUUACUGAUAAAAUGUGUAUUGCCUUUUUUUUUGAAGUAGGGGAUGAACAGAAAGCCCAACCUAGCUCUGCAUUUUUCAUACAGUUCAUAACACGCUAUAGAUAUGGAAGCAUGGGCAUUCGUAAGAGAGUGAUUACUGCUGCAAGAAGGUGGGUCCCGAACCACUCUCCGGAAAUUGCUUCCGGUUUUGAUCAGGAAGCAGCAGCUUCAGUAAUGGCUAGGCUUGCAAUUCAUAAAGCAGAGAGCAAUUUUUCUCAAGAUAUUGUCCGGUGGCUAGAUAAAAGUUUGAUACGUUUUGCUUCAAAGUUUGGAGAUUAUGUUCCGGAAGACCCCUCAUCAUUCCGUCUCGCAACUAAUUUAUCUCUUUUCCCACAGUUCAUGUAUUAUUUAAGGAGGUCUCAGUUUAUCGAUGUCUUCAACUGCACCCCAGACGAGACUGCUUUUUUCCGGCUUUUGUUGAACCGUGAGGGGGUAGUUGGCUCACUUAUUAUGAUCCAGCCAACCCUUUUCCAGUAUUCAUUUGACGGCCCCCCUAUCCCAGUUCUCUUAGACAUCUGCUCCGUCUCUCCGGACAUUAUUUUGCUCUUCGACUCCUACUUCUACGUGGUUAUUCAUUAUGGCUCUAAGAUUGCACAAUGGCGUAAACUUGGUUACCACAAAGAUCCCAGCCAAGACAGUUUCCGGAAACUACUAGAAGCUCCCGAGAUCGAUGCAGAACAAUUGGUAUCGGAAAGGAUCCCUGUGCCAAAGCUUAUAAAAUGUGAUCAGCAUAGUAGUCAGGCUAGGUUUCUACUUGCUAAGUUGAAUCCAUCUGUUACACACAACUCAACUUACACGCAAGGCUCAGAUAUUAUGUUUACUGAAGAACUGAGCUUACAAGUUUUUAUUGAGCAUUUGCAAGCUUUAGCAGUGCAGGGUUAAUUUUGAGUUUUGUAUAUAGUUGUUCAAGUAGUUACAUGGAGGAAGUGUUGUACAUUAGAUCCAAGGUGAAAUGUCUCUUUGGUAAAUAUUUUUUUUUUAAGGGGUGAAAAAGAUAAGUAAGCAUUUCCUCAUUGCCUCUAUUUUUAACUUUUUGUUUAUGGAACAUUUGGCUUACGCGAAAUUAGUGUACAAGUAUAAUAAAAAAAUUUGCAGUAGCCCUUUGUUUGCGGAA